AUGACAGCUCCCACGUUCACCAAGGCAGAGCUGGCGGCUGCUGGCAGGCGCAAGCUCGAGGAGUAUCGAAGGCAGAAGGCGGCUGGCAAGGCAGCCGGGGCAGCCGCGCCGCAGCAGACCAAUGGCACGCCGCCGUUGCCGCCACCUGCCGCCGCUGCUGCAGCACCAACUUUCGGGGCACCGGUGCUCUCUGCAGCGGCGCCUGCAGCCAGCAGCAGUGUGCCCGAGGCAGCACACCAGGAGCGGCCGUUGCCUGGGUCGCAGCCGCCGGCGCCCGCUGCCGCACAGCAGCCAGCUGCAUCAUCGACAGCCGUCGCGUCCGCUAGCAGCAGGCCGCCCGCUGAGCCCGCUGAGCCCGCAGGUGGGCAGCAUGCCAGCAGCAGCAACAGCGGCUUUGGUGUGGGAGGCUACCAGUCUCGGCUGCCGCCGCCCAUGCCGACUUACAGCUGGCAGCCGCCACGUAGCAGCUCGCCGCCGCCAGCCCCCGACGCUGGGCCCACGCCAGCAGCAGCAGAGGCGCCAGCAGAGGCACCAGCAGCUGCACUGGCGUCUGACACUGCCGCGGCAGCGCAGCCGCAGCAGCACUCUGCAAGGGACGCCAGCCCCGCCAGCCAGCCAGCAGCGCCGGCAGGAGGCGCAUUUGGUGGCAGCAGCAGCCGAGGUGGUCUGUUUGGCUCGUUCUUUGGCUCCGCUGCUGGCAGCAGCGGCGGCAGCCUGGGCAGCAGCAGGCCCAGCUGGCUCUCCUCUGCGCCAGUCGAGCAGGCGCCGUUGGUGACACCGGCUGCACCGGCAGCGCCGCCUGCAGCCACCGGCAGCUGGGCGUCUGGUUAUGCCAUGCUGGCUGAUGCCUACGCCUCCCCCAGCAAAGAGCAGCAGCAGCCGGCAGCAGCACCUGCAUCGGUGACAGCCGUGCCCCAGCAGCAGCAGCAGCAGGAAAGCGGGAGCGGCGGCAGCGAGGCACAGGCAGCGGAGCUCGGUGCAGCAGCCAGGCACAGCCCCAGCCUCAGCGGCAGCAGCUACUGGGAGCAUGCAGCUGCUGGCGCGAGGGAGGGGCCGUCGGUAGCGCCCAACGGCGUGGCCGCCCCUCCAAGCGGCAGCUCUAGGGAAGCGCCCGAGGCAGCAGCAGGCGCAGCCGCGGCCGCCAAUGGCGUCCCGGCGCCAGCAGCAGUAGCAGCGGCAGCAGGAGGAGGAGCAGAGGCAGCUCCCAGCACCAGCAGCGCGGCGGCCGGCGGCGGCGGCGGCGCCACGCCGCUGCUGUCGCGCCAGGGCAGCGACGCCGCCUCCCAUGCCUCCCACACCUCCUCCCUGUUCCUGGGCGGCGGCGGCGGCCUGCCACCCAGCGCCAGCACCAGCAAGGCUCAGGAGUUCAAGGCCCUGCAGCAGCACAUCGAUGAGCUGACUGAGGAGAAGUUUAUGCUUCAGCGGGCGGUGGAGCAGCAGAUGAAAGUGGCCGACAGCCUGGCGGAGGAGAAUGAGGCCAUCACCAGGCGGUACAAUGAGCAGGGCGGCGAGGUGGAGGCGCUGCAGCGCACGGUGCGGGAGCUGCAGCAGCAGCUUGCGGGGCAGCAGUCGGCGGUGGAUGCGGCGCACGCGGAGCGGGACGCGUACCGCCUGUCAGCGCAGGAGAUCCAGGAGCGGUCCAAGUCGCUGGCGGCGGAGGUGGUACUGCUGGAGGAGCAGGUGCUGCAGCUGAAGAGCAGCCACUUGCGGGACCGCAGCCAGGCCAGCGGCGCGUCCGAAGCUCAGCUGGAGGCGGUGAGUAAGGAGCGGGGGUCGCUGCUGGAUGAGGUGCAUCGGCUGCGGGAGGAAAGCGCGGAGGCCAAGCACCAAGCCAGGCGCCUGCAGCAGCAGCUGCAGCAGGCCGGGGCAGCCGGCGGCGGCGCCGCGCAGCAGCAGGAGCAGCAGCAGCAGCAGGCGGCAGCGGGGGCGGAGGCGGACGGGGAAGGCGGCCGCCAGCAGCAGGCGGCGGGCGAGGGGGUCGAUGGGAUCGACAUAGAGGCUCGGGUGCGGCGGCAUGUGGAGGAGAUGCGGCGCGAGGAGCGGCAGCGGCACGCGGGUGAGGUGGCCCGGCUCGAGGCGGAGCUCCAGCUGGCGCUGCAGCAACAGGCGGAGCUGCGGCAGCGGCUGCAGGCAGGGCAGGCGGCGGGGGCGGCAGCAGGGGCCGAGCAGCCGCCAGCUGGCAGCUCGGCAGGCGGCUCGCUGGCAGCAGCCAGCGCGCCCAGGACGCCCUUGCCCGCGGCGCACUCUGGGCCUCCUGCCUCUGCGCUCAUCUCCCGGCAGGCGCUAGAAGAGGCUGCAGCAGCAGGAGGGCGAGAAGCCGACGGCAGCGGCGGCGCUCCAGAACCUGCGCCCUCGCAGCAGCAGCAGCAGCAGCAGGCGGCGGCGGUGGCGGCAGGGCCCGGUGGCGGGGCGGCGGCGCCAGGUGGCGAGGCGGCGAUCCAGCUCACCUCCUCCAUCUAUCUCCUGCUGGAUGCCUUGGAACAGGAGAAGCGCGGGCUGGUGGCAGCCCUCAACGCCAAGCAGGAGGAGGUGGAGCAGCAGCAGCGCAGCGUGCAGCAGCUGGAGCAGCGGCUGGCCGCGCACCAGCGGCGGCUGGAGCUGCUGGUGCAGCAGCAGAUGCGGGCGCAGGGCGGCGACAGCUGCAGGGCGAGCAUUCAGGAGUGA